GACGCCGACAUGAAUGUGGGGACCAGUUCUCUCAGAGCGCUGGGAAAUGAGGUAGACGAGUUCCGCCUAGCACGUGUACUGGCCAUUUUGGACGUGGUACGUGAGGAUCCUGAGGCUGGCUCCGAGUUCGUCGGCUUGCUUCAAACCUUCUUGAUGGAUCGUCAGUUGCCGGGUGUCGUGUCGACCGCUGUGGAUUGUUUGACGUACUUAUGCUCUGCCGACUGCCUGGACUUUAAUGCGACUCUACGCAUUAUCCGUAAAGAAGGACGGCUAAAUUUCAAACAACAUCCUUCUGUUUUGAUUAGUUUAGCGGAUUUCUACGGGGCUGGGGCUGACAUAUUUUACUGCUCUGCAGAGAAGACACUUAGUGAAGGCGACGCAACAGAAGCAACCAGUGUGCCCGACAGUGUCCACGAUGACUAUGAAGAAAGGCUUCCUCGAAUAAGUGAAGAGCACCUUCUUAGCUUGCACGAUCACCUGUGGGACCUUGUUCAAGAGCCUCACGUUGCGGUACGAAGACAAACCUACUUGGCACUGACGGGGUACGUUCCAGCGCUACUAGCGUGUCAGGAUGACAGGGUACCGGCAGAUUUGCGGGAGCGUGUUUAUCAGACCCUUCGGAAAGAAUACCAUGUCGAUUCCCACAAGGGUUUGCAG